UUCGGUUUUCUUGUUUUGGAAAAUUUGAUUUUCUUUUUUCAUUUUUGUUCUAUUCUCUUUUUAGAAGAUCAAUUGAGUUAAUUGAUUUGGAAUUUUUUUUCUCUUUUUCCUUGGUUUUAAUUGUUCCUCUGUGCUUGGGGUUAUUGAUGGAAUAUUUGGUAAACGAUCGUUGUGUUAACUGGAUUAAAGAGAAUGAAUUUAAUUCGGUUGCUGUUCAAUUGGAUGAAAGAUCAAUUGGUCAUUCGGUUGAUUUGUUGUUGUCUUUUAAAUCUCGUUUACCUUUGGUUAAUUUUUCUCUAAUUGUUUCGGAUUCUUGUUCGAUUGAUUUACUUUCCAUUCAACAUUUAGGUGUUGAUAAGGUUGAUGGUUUGAUUAAAUUCGGUGAUACCUGUUUGGCUCCCAUUCCAAGGUGUCUUGAUCAAUUGCCGGUUUUCUUUCAUUUUGGUGAUCAAAUUGAUGGUCAAUUGUGGUCUUUUACUGUUGAAACAAUUACUAAAUUGUAUACGGAAAAUUUGUCUUCUCAUGGUGGUGAUGAUAAUUCUGGUAAAUGGCUGAUAUUGUAUAGUACUAAUUAUGUGGAAUUGGUUAAACGUUUGUGUUUACAAUUUUCUUGGUUACAUCCUGGUAAAUUGUUGAAUUUAUCGUUUAAUUGGGAUUUUGAUGAGAUUCAUCAAGAUUUUAUUCAUAAAGAUGUGAAUGCGAUACCUCAUGAUUUUGGUGCUUUUCAAAUUGCUCGAUCACUUGAUUAUUAUUCUAAAAUUGUUUACAUUGGAUCACAAGUUAAUCUUAAUCUUAGACUGACCAGUGGACUGAUCCAUAUUGAUCCCAUUAAACAAUCAGUUGAAAUACGAAAAGGACAAAAGGAAUUAUCGAAAAGGAUUGGCCUGGUUGAACGAUUAAAGACAAAGAAAGUGAUCAAUUUAGGAUUUUUAUUCACAAAUGCUUUCCCUCUGGUUGAUGAUUACUUGGAGAAAAUUGAAUUAAUCAAGAGAAAAAAUCAUAAGAUUAACAAGAUAAUCUUAAUCCAUUCAACUGAUGCUUGUAAACUCGGAAAUUUCACCAAUCUUGACGCUUUCGUCCUCGUUAACGGCUGCCAAUGUACCAAAUUAAUCGAUAAAUUGGAUUUGCAUUUACCUGUAUUAACCUACAAGGAGUACGAGAUUCUUUGUGGUUGUAAAGUUUCCUAUGGUGGAGUUGAUUGGAAUCAAGAAGAAUCAACAAUCGAUGAAUCAGCUGAUAGUGACAAUGAAUUGUUACCCGAUUCAAAUAAUCAACUAAUUGAAUCUGAAACUUUAGUCCAAGAUAAAUGGUAUGGAUUAAAGAUUAAUCCAGCAUUUCAACCUUUAUCUUUUGCCAAGGAAGGUCAAAGUGGAAAAGCUUCUGGAUACACCAAUGAACCAAGUUAACAAUUUAGAAGAUAAAAUUAAAUUGUUGCCAAAAAAAUUUAUUAUUAUUCAAGUUAAUCCAUAUUUAAAGUAAUUAUUUUGUAUAUUAAGAUACGAAAAAGAAAUGAACAGAGUUUUCUUGUGUAUCCGUUCAAA